AUGGCUUCAUCAAGUUCCUUGAAUAAUGAUGAUGCAAGAAUACCAGUCGAUGAAACAUCACAUUUAAAUACACAGCCACAACAAAAUUUUCAAACAAUAAUUAGAAGUGGACCAAGACAUUCUAUCUCUUGGGGCUUUCCCGGUCGCUGGGGUACAGUAAUAAAAAUUGAUCUCGCUGAAUAUUCGAACGAGACAAUAACAUCAUCAAUACAAACAAAUGAUGCAAAUGCUGUUCCAGAUUCAACUUCUCCACCAAUUCCACUAAGGAGACGCGUUCACAAUUUAGCUCGACCUACACCUGAAACUGAUGAUAGCCACAAAUUAUUAGGUGAAUGGCGUGCAACAGCUAUUGCUGGUAACGAUAUUUCUUCAUCAUGUCUUUAUACUGCAGGAAUUUGUUCACAAAAAGCUGGUCAAUAUUCGUUUAUCUCUUUAUAUCUAGUAGCUUUAGUUCUUUAUUUAUAUCGUAACAUUUAUUCUGAAGUCGGUCUUGCUCUACCGUUAAAUGGUGGUGCAUAUAAUGUUUUACUUAAUUGUACAUCAAAAUUUAUUGCAUCAAUUGCAGCAUGUCUUACACUAGUCUCUUAUAUAGCUACAGCUGUUGUAUCUGCUAGUUCAGCUAUUGCCUAUGGACAAAAUUUAUGGUCUGGAUUGGAUCCUGCAUGGGCAGUUAUGGCUUUAUUAGGAUUUUUUUGUUUAUUAACUUUAUUUGGUUUAAAAGAAUCAGCUAAUGUUGCUUUAGUUAUAUUUAUUAUACAUAUUUGUACAAUGUCAUUACUUGUAAUAAUGUGUUUAUAUAAAAUAAUGCUAUCACAUGAUUCUAUCACAAUGUUUGUAAAAAAUUGGCAAACAGAAUCAUUACAAAAUGUUCCUAUAGAUAUUUAUUAUGGUUUUGGUUUGGCUUUAUUAGGUGUAAGUGGUUUCGAAACAUCAUCAAAUUAUAUUGAAGAACAAGGUGCUGGAGUUUUUCCAAAAACAUUAAGAAAUAUGUGGUAUGUGGUUUCAUUAUUUAAUCCAUUGUUUUCUUUAUUAUCAUUAUUUAUAAUGCCAAUGUCUGAAAUUCGUCAACAUCGUGAUGAUCUUCUAGCUGCUAUGGGUACUGUUACAAGUCAACCACCUUCAUCUACAUGGCUUAAUACAUUAAUUUCAGCUGAUGCAUUACUUGUUUUAUCCGGUGCUGUACUAACAUCUUAUGUUGGUAUAACUGGUUUAAUACGUCGUAUGAGUUAUGAUCGAUGUUUACCCAUGUUUUUAUCAUAUACAAAUCGUUGGCGACAUACAAAUCAUUUUAUUAUCAUUGGAUUUUUUGUUGUUACAAGUUUACUUCAUUAUAUUGUACGUGGUAAUUUAGAAAGUCUUGCCGGUGUUUAUUCAAUAUCAUUUUUAAGUGUUAUGUCUUUAUUUGCUAUUGGUAAUAUGAUAUUAAAAUAUAAACGUGGAACAUUACGACGAUCAAUUUAUGCAUCAUGGCCACAUGUUAUUAUAGGAUUUAUACUUGUACUUGUUGGUCUUAUUGCUGUAAUAAUACUUAAUUUACCUCAUAUAACUUAUUUUAUUUUAUAUUUUGGUAUAACAUUUUUAAUUGUAAUGUUAAUGUUUUCAAGAAAUCGUGUUUUAAAAUUAUUAAUUUAUUUUGGUGGACCACAAAAAUGGUUAGAUAUGCUUAAUAAACAUUAUAAAAAGAUUGAAGAUCGUCCAAUGUUAUUCUUUACACGAACUGAUGAUCCAUCUGUAAUAAAUAAAGCGAUAUUAUAUGUACGCGAAAAUGAAUUAACGAAUUUUUUAAAAAUAUGUCAUAUAUAUGAACAUGAAAUUGAUAUUCCACCUAUGUUAGAAACAAAUGUUAAAUUUUUAGAUAAACAAUAUCCAAAAUUGUGUCUUGAUUUAGUACUUGUCAAAGGUCGAUUUGAUCCACCAACAGUAAAAAAACUUAGUGAACAACUUGAUAUUCCAAGAAAUUUUAUGUUUAUAACAUGUCCUGCUGGUAAUUUUUCACAUCAUCUUGCAGAAAUGGGUGGUAUUAGACUUAUAACGCAUUCCUAA